CAUUGAAUGUCAAAUAUAAAUCAAACAAAAUUUUGAAACGCUCUCGUUCGGUCAAUUCGCGCAAUUUGUACGGAAAAUAUUUGAUGAAAUUGAGUUUUUGUAUGUUUAAUAUUUAAUUUUAUAUCAAAGUGAUGCACAGUUGUACUUUACUUUAACAAUUGCAGGUUAUGUUAUUGCCGCUUACUCCAAACACAGUUUCGAAUCCCUGAGUCCGAAUCCACGAUGAGCCAACUCGAACGCUCGCUGCUUCUGCUGGACGAAUCCGUCGUCAAAUCCAAGCGAGGGCUUCUCCGGGCAAAAGACCGUGAGCUACGCAGUCCCCAUCAAUCGCUGCUGGGUGCUGGUGAGCCAAAUGAAUCGACAAACGCCGAAUUUGAUGUGUCCCUGACGGUGGGACCGCACGAACUCCGUAGCUUCAUGUUCGAUAGCCAGCAGAAUAAUCUGUCGGCUAGUAGGUUGAGUUUGGCCGGAAGUCAGAUCAGUACGACGGGACUGAAUGUGAAACAUCGGACCGAGGCAUUGUUCGGGCAGUUUUUGGAAGUGCUGCAAAGGAGAAACAGCGAAGCGGAGGUUUUUGAAACCGUUGAGGAUUUGAUAGAGACCUUGGACGAGGUUUUGAAUGGCAUCGACAAAAUGAUGUCGCAGACUGCGUUUGGGAAGCAAAGGAAAGUCUUGGCCGAUGAAACGUGGUUGAACGUAGAGCGAGAUACCUGGAAGCUGCUGUUUGCCCUUUACAAAGAUCGACUGGUAGUGCAGAAGGAAGAUGCCGAAAUGGACGAUUUGCCUUUGGUUAACAGCGAGAGGGCAAUUGUGGAGCACUUGUACGCAGCGAAUGCCAAUUUAAGAGAAUACCAGCUAAUUGUGGAUUGGUUAGAACAAACGGCAUUGGAACAGAAUCGAAUGCAAAUCGGGCAUUUUACGGAUCGGACAAUUGCCUGGGAGAAUACACUGCAUCAGUUGCAAAACGUCGGAUUGACCGCUUUUGGAAGUACUAGGGAGAUAGUGAAGAGUUUGGAUCCGGAUGCGCCGGUUCGAGAGCGUCGUCCUUUGCACGAUUUGGACGUUGAGGAUCAGGCGCGUCUUUCUAGACAAAUCUUCCAGGAGGUGCGAUUCGGGAGAAUUGAAGAAGCACAAAAUCUGUGCGAGCACUCUGGACAACCCUGGAAGGCUGCGAUACUGGAAGGAUGGAGAUUGCAUCACGAUCCGAACUAUGAACCUGCAGCAGCUACUUCCGGCAAAGCUUUGACCGUGGGUGUAAAGCAGGCCAUCGAAGGUAAUCCACGGCGGGAUCUGUGGAAAAAGUUUGCCUGGAAGAUGGCCGAAAGUCGAGCCGUGGAUGAUUAUACCCGAGCCACCAUUGGAUCGUUCUGUGGAAAUUUAGAUUCUCUGUUGGGAAUUCUGGGUGAUCAUAAUUGGACGGACGUGCUGUGGGCUUAUCUAAAGGUAAGUUGUUGAUCCAAUUGUACAUAU